CUUCUCCUCGGAGCUGCAGCAGCCCCACGGAUGUGCUGACGUGUCGGCUUGUGUGUCAGGCACAGCGUGUGCGUUAACCUGACAGAAUGACUGGAAUCAAUUCACCUUUUAAUCUUUUUAUUCUAUUUAUCUGCAUAUGUUUGUCAAAAACGUCGCCAGACCGGCGGUUCUCUGAGUUUAAAAGAUGCGCAGAUGACGAAUGUAGCAUGCUGCUUUGUCGGGGGAAAGCCUCACAGGACUUCGCUGGUCCAGACUGCCGUUUUCUGUCCUUUAAAAAGGGAGAGACUAUAUAUGUGUACUAUAAACUCUCGGGACAGAGGUCAGAUGUUUGGGCUGGAAGUGUUGGUAACAGCUUUGGCUAUUUCCCAAAGGAUUUUCUGAACAUUAAUCACGUAUAUACAGAAAAAGAAAUAGAAGUACGUGCUGAGGAAACGGACUUUGUCUGCUUUGACACUGGACUAGAUAAAUUUAAAAGCUAUGAUAUUGAUGUCCUGUUAAGAAACUCGUUCUUAAAUGAGGUUGAUGAACCGAGCGACCAAACGGAAAACGUUCUGGACACCCUCAGUGAGGAUGCCGAUAAAGGCGGAGAGACGGAAAACGCUAGCGGGGACGUUGUAAAUUCGGAUUCGUUGCAUACAGAAAGUGAAGCUGAACACAGAGUUGACACAGAAGAUGAUGGGGAAUUGCCUGCUUCUGAAGCUGCUCAACUGCGAUUGGAAACAGCAGCUUCAUAUGAAAGGGAUAAAGACAGUUAUGUUUUCAGUGACACUGGUGAAGAUGUUAAAAAGAGUGUUGUGGAUGAUUCUGAUCCAGAGCAAGCAAUAGACAAAGACAUGCCAGAUGAGCCUUCACCUAAGGAUGUUGGCGUUUUACAGGAAAGUGACCAUACAACACGAGUAGAAGCCUUUUCCAAGUUAGAAACUACUUUAGGCAGAACUUUUGACGCUGUUACCUCAGAUGAUGAAAACACACAGAAGGUAACCCCCUAUGAUGAUGAAGAUCAGAGCAAUGACUUGGUCGAGCAACCAGGUGAAAUAGAAGAGGAAAGUGUGAAAGAGCCUUCACUGAUAUCUUUUGACGAGAAGCCCCAAUAUAUUGAGGACAAUGUUCCUGAUGCAGCUGAGUCAGAAGAUGAACACGCUCCAUUUCAGAAAGAAGAAAUAUCUCUCAGUGAGGAUGCUGCUAAGGAUGGAGAGACGGAAGAAACUAUCAGGGACGUUGUAAAUGCAGACUCGUUUCCUACAGGAAGUGAAGCUGAACACAGAGUUGACACAGAAGAUGAUGGUGAUUUGCGAGAUUCUGAAACUGCCCAACUGCCAUUGGAAACAACGACUUCAUAUGAAAAGGAUAAAUACAGUUAUGACGUUAAAAAGAUUGCUGAUGGUGAUUCUGAUCCAGAGCAAGCAAUAGACAAAGACAUGCCAGAUGAGCCUUCACUUAAGGAUGUUGGCGUUUUACAGGAAAGUGACCAUACAACACGAGUAGAAGCCUUUUCCAAGUUAAAAACUACUUUAGGCACAACUUUUGACGCUGUUACCUCAGAUGAUGAAAACACACAGAAGGUAACCCCCUAUGAUGAUGAAGAUCAGAGCAAUGACUUGGUCAAGCAACCAGGUGAAGUAGAAGAGGAAAGUGUGAAAGAGCCUUCUCUGAUAUCUUUUGACGAGAAGCCCCGAUAUUUUGAGGACAACAUUCCUGAUGCAACCGAGUCAGAAGAUGAACACGCUCCAUUUCAGCCUUCGGCCUCAGUUGAGGCAACAACGGAUGACAACAUGUGGUCUACUUUAGGGGACAAGGUUUUUAAAAUUGUAAGUGGAGGUGAGAGGACGGGUGUAUCUGAUGGCGGCGAUGACGACGAUGACGACGAUGAUGAUGAUGAUGAUGAUGACGACGACGAUGAUGAUGAGGAGGAGGAGGAUGAAACUCACUCUAAAACAACUGAAAAAGGUUCAGAUGAGCUUCAGUCCAGUUUGGUUCCUGACUCAGAUACAAGUGAAGUAGCAGAUGAAAUGAAACCCUCCAUUAACGACUCUGUAAUGAAUUCAUUAAGUGACAACAAAUAUGCUGAAGUACAGGAACAAAAUGAGGAUAAAGAAUUAGAAGAGAUUAAGGACAAGUUUUUAGAUCCGGAUGAGACCUUUAUUGAUGCUGUUGAAUCUGAAUAUGAUCCUCCAGCAUCACCGUUAGAAGAUGUAAAGCCAGUGUUCGACAAACCCAUCGAAAAAAAUAUUUUGAAGCCAAUCCCCAGUGAAAUAGAGCCAGACAAAUCUGAGGUUCUCUUCAAGGAAGGUGCUCAGAGUGUACCUGAGCUUGAUAAACAGACAGAUGAACAAAUAGACACAGUUAAAAAAGAGAUUAUCAAUUUAUUUAAAGAGACACUGAGAACAGAAACAAGUCAACCUGACAUUGAUGAGGAGGUAGAGGAAGAGGAAGUUGAGCAGCUGCUAGAGGAUGAAAAUGCUAUAUUGUCCACUAAAACAGAGUUCACUGAUAAAGCUGAGGAGCUAGAAGAAUCCAUUCAAAACACCAACCUUGAAACACAGUUAGAAAAAAAUGAAUUAACCACGCCUAAACAGCCACAUGACAACAACACACUCGAACAAACAAAUGAGAACACAUCAGAACAGAUAAACCAUGAUGAGAAAACUGGCAUGGAGACAUUGUUGGACAUCUCAGUCUCCUCACCUGAUAAUGAAAUCGACAGUAAUGGUGCAGAUAAACUUCGGAAGGAUUCUGCCCUCAGUGACGAGCUGGAGUACAGUGACAGUGUGCGGAGACUCACGCUUUUAAGAGAGCACUUUAAGGACAAAGAGAUCAAGCGCAUUUUGCGGCACCUUAGCAUUAAAGACCUUUACAAGGUUGAAGCGAUGUUCACUCAUUUGGAUGAUCAACUGAAGUCUGCCAGGCAGUCUUACUCAGAGAAUACUGAGGGCCUGGAGCAUGCACUGGAGAGUAUCGUAGAGGUUACAGAAAAUGCCAUACUUGAUGAGGUUGACAAAAUGCUGGAUGCUCGGGAGCAGAGGGCACAGGUCCUUGGACACAAGAUUGACCAAGUCAUGAUUGACGAGGAAGCUGCUGUUUUGGAUGACUUUCAGGAGUUUGCUUUUUAUCUGCAUCAGAAAUACAGUACCAGCAUCAUGUUAGAGAAGGAGAGCCAGUCACACUUUGAAAUGGCAGAGAACGUGUCCGAAGAGGUGGAAAAUCCAGUGGAAACCAUCCCAUUGACCGAGGUAACUGAAACUCCAGAGGUUCAUCAAGAAGCCAGUGAAUUGUUCAAUGCGAACAGUCAGGAAGACGAAUCCCGUAGCAAGGACGUGGGGCCUGGUGAAGAUGGUGGGCAUUUCAAUAAAAAUGAAGACAUUCAAGCAGCCUUUCAAGACACAUCAGAGAUUCAGAGAGGACCACAAGCUAUUCUGGAGAAUCCUUCAGAUAUAUUAGGAUUUGAAAUUGAUCCAUCUUCAGAUUCUUUGGACUCUUCACGGGCUUCUGAUUUUACUGACAAUAACGCAAACUAUGACCAAGCGAGCACAUCGACCUCGGAUCAUGCUAGGGACUUCUUUCUUCUUGCAUCUGAAUUUCUUGGCGUGUAUGCAGAAAUACUGUUGGCUGCUUUGCCUGAGGAAUGGCAGCCGGGUCCUACGUUCCAUGGGCUGCCCUGGAAGCCUGUGGUGGUUACAGCUGUGGUGGGAGUUCUCACUGUGCUCGUGUUCAUGUGGAGGACCGUUCUCGCUGUCAAAAACAGGAUGUAUCUCUUAACUGAAAAGCAACUUGCAGAGAGGAUUCAGCAGCUUAUCAGUGAGAAAUCGGAUGUCCUCAACAAAGUAACUGAACUGAACAAUGCGAUCAAGCAAUAUGAGGAAAAGCUGAAUAAUUCAGAAGAGUCACGAUGUUCACUACAGAAGGAGUUUAGUGAACUCAAGACACAUUACCAACAUCUCAACAACCAGAAGGAGAAACUGAGCGUUAAUUUUGCUAAUAUCUGUGAAAAAAUUGCAAAUACACAGGAACAGAACAAAUCCCUGAAUGAGAAGAUAUCCACAAUGCAUGAGGGAAUUAAGAAGUAUCAGAAAACCCUGAAAGUAUAUGACGAGGAGCGCUCAAAGGUUCAUGUCCUCAUGGAUGAAGCUAAACUCAGAGAAGAUGCCUUGAAAGCUCAGGUGCUGUCAUUUGAAAAGGACAAUUGUGCCUUGAAAGAGCAGAAGAAAUCUCUGUUGCAAGAUGCCAAAGACUGGCAGGAGAAGCAUGAAAAAUUGAGUGAGGAAAUCAAAGUUUACCAUAAAACACAAACGGAGCUGGAGAAUGCCCUCGUGCACAAAGAAAACGAAAUCGAUGUUCUCUCUGGAUGCAUUGCUGAAUUGAAGAGCCUUGAGUCAUUUAAUGAUACAGAGCUGGAGAAUGACAAGAAUGGUGAUCCACUGAAGUCGCACCUCAAACAGAUGAUGGAUGUCUCAAGGAUCAAGGCUACGCUUUCAGUCAUCGAGGAUGAGCGAAAUCGCUGGUUUGAAAACUUCAUGGGUGAACAGAAAGCAAGACAAGAACUUGAAGAGAAAUUUCAGAAGGUUGUUCAUGACCAAACGAAUCUGAAAAGUGAGAAAACCCAUCUGGAAAACCAGUACAAGAACCUCCAACAGAGACUAGAAAUUACAACUGAAUUGUACCACCAGAAAGAAAAUAUCUUACACCAGAAGUUGACUCAGGAAGAGCUGGAGCGCCACGAAAAGGAAACCAAGCUGUCUGAGGUGGAUGGCCGAGCCUUGCAAGCUGAAGAGGAACUGAACCGCCUCAGGCAGAAAGUGAAGGACAUGCAGGAAGAAUUGCAGCAAAAUGAGAGAUCUCUUAAGGCUGAGAUUGCUGUUCAGGAAAAGAAAGCCCAUGAGAACUGGUUAAAGGCCCGUGCUUCUGAACGAGCCUUGAUAGAAGAGAAGAGAGAGUGUGCUAAUCUGCGUCAGAAGAUUGUGGAAUGUAGUGACAAAAUGUCCGAUUUAGAGCACGCACUGUACAAGUCUGGUCCUCUAGACCGUCACAUGCCUCCUCUACAGAGAGGGGAUUCAUACGGGCCUUCUCCUGUGAGUGGUGGUGCUCCUUCCCCUCCUUUAAUGAUAGAAGAUCCUUCACGUCCUCCGUCUGGUCCUGUGGGACGAAGGGGUGAGCCUUUUGGGCCGAGACUGCUCAUGGAUGGCCAUAGCCGUUCGGCUGACCUCGGACAUCCGCUGCCGUUUCGACCAGAACUGUCUGUCCCCCGUACCUCAUCUCCUUGCACACAGGAUGGAUCUCAAAUAGCUCCAAUAGAUGCAAAGGCUGAGGUCACAAUGCAGGCCUCCACUGAUCCUACAGAGGCAAUCUCCAAGUCCCAGAGACAGGGAUCAUUUCUCCCAUCUCCUAUCAGGGAAUCUCCUGUCACAGCUUCAAAUCCUCUUCCAAAGGCUUAUGCUCCCCAACCAAUGGGUGGACCAUUUCCUCCACUGAAUGGACCACUUCCUCCAAUGAUGCGACCGCCCAAUGGCCAUUCACCCAUGAUUCCUCCUGGGCCUCCAUUUGGACCCGACACCUGUUUCAGGCCACCCCACAUGGACUCCUACAGACCCCCUCUUCCUUUGCGCCCAUAUGGACCCAUCCCUCCACCCUUUGUUCAUGGUCCACCUCUGAGGGACUUCCCUUCCAUGGGUCCACGUCCAACACCGCACGGCAUGCAUGACUUCCCGCCUAAUUUUGCCGGACCUCAAGACUUGCCUUUCCCACCCCGGCUCUUCCCUUCUGGGCCUUUGCCACCCCCUGGCGCCAUGGUUCCACCCACAGCUGGUGCCCAUGGACCAGCUCCACCUACACCUCUGCAGAAUAGGGAUGGCCAAGAGAUGCCACAUGCCACAGAUGUACCACCCGAGCAGAGGGUUGCACAGGAUGCUCCAACACCUGCAGUAACACAAUGUUGAACCAAUAAAUAAGCCCACCGUGCUCAGUGCUGAACUUGAUGACGUUCUGUUAUUUUCCUAUGCUUCACAUUUCAAAAUGCAUAAAUAAUUAUCAUUUACACAUUUUUUUUAAUCAUCAAGAAAGAAAAGGUUCACUUGUGCCAGUGUUUUCUGUAGGUCUGUAUAAAGAAACACCUUUCCUGUGGAAAUUUUCAAAACUUUGGAGGGUAUAAAAACAAAUUCGGCUGUGUUGUUGAAUUAAUGACCACUACUUAACCCAAACAGAUGUUUCUUAGUGAACUGUGAGAUUUUAGAGACUGAACUAUUGUGCUUUUUAACUUGAAAUUAAGAGAGAGUAGAGUAUUGUGUUUGUUUAGCCAAAGGAUUAAAAUCUCAGGCGGUUUUACCCCAUUAACGAACAAAUGCUUCGCUGAUAUGUUGCUUUUGUUGCUAAGAAAUGCAUGAAAUUUAAAUCAAAAUGCCUUGAAUUGUUAACUCAGCACAUUAUGCUCAUCAAAAGUCCUUUAUUUAGUGUGUUUUUAUGAUUUCUUUUCCUAGUGAAAAGACUCGCUUGCUGUCAUAUUGACAAACUAUUUGUGCAUUUCCCUUCAUAUGUGUUCAAUAAAACUGCCAUGAAUCAAAUGAA